UUCCAGAUAAUAAACGGUAUAGACCAAAGUGUACUUCCACUAUCCAGAGAACAGAAAAUGCAUGUGGUCUGUUUUGUUUUUGACCAUAAUAAGAUUAAAGGUUUGGCUGUUAAAAUUAAAGAGGAUACAUCAGCAAUCAUGAAAUUCCUUUCAAAAGAAGGUAUUCCGUUCGUUGUAAUUUUGACAAAGUGUGACGUCAACAAUGAAGCAGUGAAAUUGAUUAAGUUUCGGGCUUUUUCUGAUAGAGAGAUUAAAAAUUCAAUGGAUUUGGCCAUGAAAACAUUUUCAAUUAAACAAAGUAUUAUUUUCCCUGUCAUCAAUUACUGUCAUGAACGUGAAGUGAAUCUAGAAGGAGAUGCUCUUUUAUUUGCCGCAUUCAAUGAGAUAGUUAAUAGAGGACUUGACUAUCUGGAUGACAACACAAGCGAUGAAGAGGAGGGAAUCGAACGUAAACCAGAGAACAGUGUCAAAGAUUAAAGGUCAAUGUUAGGAAGAGGAUUCUGCAAGCAUUAAUAUAUUUGAUUUUCAUCUUUUAUACAUUAAUUUUAUGAGCACAGUUGUGUCUGCAAAAUGUUUUGAUUUGCAAUUGCACUUUACGAUUUUCUGUUAUUUACAAUACUGAUCGUAAAUGAAAUAAAGAAAUAUCUUAUUAAAGUUUACGCAUGAGCGAUGUGUAAAUUACAUAACUUUUAAAAUUCUUCCCAUGAAUGAAUAGACUUUUAUACUUUAUGUGAAAUAUUGAGCGAAUUCCAAAAUAAAAAAUCAGGAUGAAAAACGUUUCGUCUAGAACUCCUUUACUUAAUAUAAGCUUAACUAUACAGAUCUUAGGAAUGAAAUUUUAUUCUUAAUUCUAUAUG